AUGGGGAGCCGGCCUGAGACGCUCGCUCGCUUCUACGCAUUUCCGCCAUUUGUUCCCGGAUUCGCCACGUGGAGGUGUCCACCGUUCGAGAGGUGGCCAAGCUGCGGGAUUCGGAUCAGCUGCAACAAAUCUUGUUACAGAUCGAGAGCGUCGACUACUCGAGGCCAAUUAUUGACGGAAGAGGAGAAAGAAGUUAUUGGCGAAGCUUGUGAUAUGGCGGUAGAAUUAAACAAUUGUAAAUCAAAGAUAUUUGAAUAUCUGGAAAGCACAAUAGCGUCUAUCGCGCCGAACCUAAUGAUACUCGUCGGCGCAUCAACAGCUGCCAAGCUUAUAGGUGCCGCAGAAAGUUUGAAAACACUUUCUAUGAUGUCGCCUGGUAAACUCUCAUUCCUUGGAUCUGAUAAGACUACGCUCCCCUGGUUUUCGCCAGUUGCCAAUUUACCUCGCGCAGGAUUUAUAUAUUACUCUAAGAUCGUACAAGAAACUCCUCCUCAUCUACGGAGGAAAGCGGUCAAACUGGUGGCGGCAAAGAGUGUGCUAGCAGCGAAAACAGACUUUUAUUGUGAAAGUAAGGAUGGUCACGAUGGUCAGAUGCUGCGUGAAGGGAUCGAGAAGAAGCUAGAUAAGCUGCAGGAGCUGCCGCCCGUCAAGUUCGUGAAGCCGCUGCCGAAACCGAUCGAUGUCGGUCAAAAGAAACGCGGUGGCAAGCGCGCUCGCAAGAUAAAAGAACCCUACGCGAUCACGGAAUUAAGGAAACGUAGAAACAGAAUUUAUUUUGCGGAUGUUGAGAGAGGCGACGCCUAUCAAGAUGAUCUUGGCUGGUCAUGGAACACUGGUCGAAUUAGGCCAGUACAGAUCAACGAGAAGACAAAGGUCAGAUUAUCCAAGACGCUUCAGAAAAAUUUGCAGAAGCAACAGCAAUGGGAAGGUAGCACCACCAUCAAGAAGCAAGUGUCCGGUAUCGCUUCCAGUACGGUUUUUACUCCUUUACAAGGUUUUGAAGUCAUCAGUCCGCAAACUGCAGAGAAAAAAGUAAACGAUGCAAAUACAAAGUACUUUUCCAAAACAGCUGGUUUUCUAUAUGUGAAGAUGUAAAUAUAUAUUAUAAAUAAAUACAGGAAAUUUAUUCCACGUUUGAUCAUAUGUAUUAAAGUUGUUUAAUUUGUAUUGAGUAGAAAAAAAAUUUGGUGCUAUUUUACUAAAAAUAAAAAUAUUUUCAAAAAAAA